AUGUCUACUGUUAAAAAUAUUAUUGUUUUUGGAUCUCAUGGCAAGAUUGGUCAACAAUUUGUUCGUUUGUUGGCUGAUAAGACAUCUGUUUUUAGAGGAACUGCUGUUGUUAGAAACGAUGAACAGGCCACCACCAUUAAAUCGAUCACUGCCAAUUCCCUUAACGUUUCUUCGUUGAACUUUACCUUGGAUAAUGCAAGUGUUGGAGAAAUUGCCUCAGCAAUCAAGGGCCAUGAUGCUGUUGUUUUCACUGUUGGGUCAGCUGGCAAGAACCUUUUGCAAGUUGAUUUGGAUGCUGCAGUCAAGACAUUUGAAGCCAGUGUUGAGGCACAAGUUAGACGUUUCAUUAUCAUUAGUGCUCUCCAUGCCGACAAUCGUGAGUUCUUUAGCAAGUUGGGUUUAAGAAACUACUAUAUUGCUAAACAUUAUGCUGAUCGGAUUUUGGUUGACGAGUUUAGUGACAAGUUGGAUUACACGAUUUUGAAACCCACGUCAUUGAGCGACGAUGCAGCCACAGGGAAAAUCAGAAUCAUCAAGAGCACAGACGAGGAGAUUGGUACUAUCACCAGAGCAGACGUGGCUAAAGUCAUUUAUGAGAUUGUUAAUGACAAAGACACUUUUGGCAAGAGCUACAACAUUGCUAAUGGGGAUUUAGAUAUUAGAGAUAAAAGAAUAUAUAAAAGUGUAUAA